UGUGCUCAGUCCCGGAGGAUGUUCCAGAGCAGCUCCCAGUACUCGGACCACGGGGAGAUUUGACCCCCCCAUCGCAGCCAUUUCUCUGUGAGGAUUGGGGGAUCAUUGCUCCCACUCCUUGCACGGCUGCGCCUUUCAGGAAGCUCCUUUUAGGAGCUAAAAGGAAGCAGCGAGGUCUGAAAUGUUGGUAUCGACAGCAGCCCGUGGGCUCAGAGAUGGAUUCACCAGAAGGGGCUACAAUUAGAAGUGAGCAGAAGUUCAGAAAAUUCUUAAAAAGUCUUGUAAGAAAGCAGCCUCAGGACCUUCUCCUGGUAAUUGGGACGGGGGUGAGUGCUGCGGUAGCCCCAGGAAUCCCGGCACUCUGCUCCUGGAGGAGCUGCAUUGAGGCUGUCCUUGGAGCAGCUGAGCAGCUGGAGGUACUGCACCCCGGGGAUGUUGCUGAAUUCCGUAACAAAGUAAUCAAAGAGAGAGACCUGCUUGUGGUUGCGCAUGAUCUCAUCAGGAAGAUGUCACCACGUACCGGUGACACAAAGCCAAACUUCUUCCAGGACUGCUUAAUGGAGGUGUUUGAUAAUUUAGAACAACACAUUCAGAACCCUGUGGUUCUACAAUCCAUCCUGAGGCUUAUGGAAAGAGGCACAAUGGUUUUGACUACAAACUAUGAUAAUUUGCUUGAAAUAUUUGGUCAGCAGCAGGGUAAACCUAUGGAAUCCUUAGACCUUAAAGAUAAGGAUAAGGUUCUUCAGUGGGCAAGGGGCCAUGUAAAAUACGGAGUUCUUCAUAUUCACGGCUUAUAUACAGAUCCCUGUGGAAUGGUGCUUGAUCCCUCAGGAUAUAAAGAUGUUACUCAAGAUCCUGAAGUCAUGGAGGUUCUUCAGAACUUGUACCGAACCAAGUCUUUUUUGUUUUUGGGUUGUGGAGAGACUCUGCGUGACCAGAUAUUCCAAGCUCUUUUUCUUUACACAGUAAAGAACAAAGUGGAUCUAGAACAUUACAUGUUGGUGCUUAAAGAAAACGAAGACCACUUUUUUAAGCUCCAGGCAGACAUGCUGCUGCAUGGAAUAAAAGUAGUGUCCUAUGGGGACUGCUUCCAACAAUUCCCAGAGUAUGUCCAGGAUCUGGCUGCUCAAAUCUGCAAACAGAGAAGUCCAGAUGCUGAACGGGUGGACAGCACAACGCUGUUGGGAACUUCAUGUGUGGACUGUGCUAAAAGGAAGUUAGGAGAAAGUGGCACUGAUUCUCCUAAGAGGAUAAAGCAGUCAGAUAAUGAUAUACCCACUCUUGAAUGAAAACCCCAAACACCCAAGGCCCACCUCAGAAGCUUUUUAACAGUAGGUGCUUUACAUCUGCUGCAUGGAGAGUUUUGAGCUGGUAUUUCCAUGAUUUUAAAUGGAAUAAAAUUGCACAUAC